UUUAGGUGAAGAUAAGGAUCUCAAAUUGAAUAUGGUAGGCUUCACUUCAACUCCUGCCGUUAAGGAGCAGAAGGAAACUAUUAUUCGUGGUUAUUCUCUAGGUUCCGACAAAUCAGAAAAUAUCACACUCAGCUUCAAUCUACUUUGCAACAAUAGCGAUGUGCAUAAAUGUGUUCAACAUAAGCGUCGUCCUAAGUUUCGUGAAGCUAAAAUUAGUUCCAAAAGCGACGAGUGUACUGUUGACGCCCGAAUCGGUGUAUUCACUGCGUACGCUGAGAAAGGUGAGCGAAAUGGCACCGCUACAAUCAUAGUUCACCAUGCUGAUUCCUAUGUAGAACCGAUUGUUCGCACCAAGACUGUUAGUACAGGUGAUAGUAACGUUACAUUGGGCGUCAAAAACGUUAACGGAAAUAAUAAUAUAUUACGAUGGGCGAAGGACGGAAUAGACUGUGAUUGGAAUGGUUUGACGGAGAUUAAAUUCGACACGAUUACCGAGGCUCAUGCUGGGAUUUAUGAAUGCUUUCAAGAUGACAAACGGGAAGAACGAAAACACGCUUUUAUGCAGCUGAUUGUAAGAGAAUGUCCACAUAACAAGUGGUCUCCGCCUAAAUGCAACAUGAGCUGCGAGGUGUGCUACAAUGGAGGGGUAUGUGAUACAUACAUCGGAACCUGUAUUUGCCCUUCGGGAUUUAUUGGAACUAAUUGCACAAUACCUACUGGUGGUAAUAUGUUUGGACGUGACGGUGGAACCCCGUGCAGGACGGGUAAUAGUGAGGGAUGCAAAGGGAAACUGAUUUGUCCACCAAUGCCGCAGGGUUGUGCCUGCCACGCUGGCUGGGAAGGACUUAAAUGUGAAAGUAAAUGUGAACUUGGCAAGUAUGGCGCUGACUGUCUACAAGAUUGUCAUUGUGACAAUGAUAAGUGUGAUCAUUCCAGAGGCUGUAAGUUGAACGCAACAUGCCACCCUGACUACAAUGGCACACGUUGUUUAGUACCAAAUCCCAACGGAUUGUCGAGUGAUAGAACUACAAGAUUGGAAACAUCUCAUGGUAAUGUAUAUUGGUAAUGUAUUUGUCAAAUUAACAUGGACCUAUAAUACUAUUAUAGCUCUAUGGUAGUUUGAAUUUGUGUGUCAGCCAAUCGCGAACCCUUUCUCGGUGAUAAUGAUGAAGAAUGGUUUAGGUCAGUUAAUUUAAGUCUAACCGCUUCUAUUUUUUACAGCAUCAUAGGUUAGUAUAAUACACUUGAAUUUUUUAACGGGCAAAGAAGUUUUUGGAGAUUUUUCAGAUUGCAAAAGACGAGAAUAAUUCCAAGACGGACAUCCUGAAUCAUCCACGAAUAAUCAUUGGACCACUGGCUUCCAACAUAGUCUUCAAGAAGACAGGCUAUUCUUGUACGAUGGCAUACUGGAGAACAUGUUGAAUGCAUCCAAUCUUGAUAACGACUAGACGAACAGAAAGAAUACGUCGGGAAUAAUCAUAUUCAAAGAUGUAUUAUAUCCAGUAUAUUGCGCAUGAAUGGACUAUAAGUGCAGAUGGCAUAUUUCACAACUCCCUAAAGUUCAUAUAGGCCUACAUUAAUAACGUUUGUAACUUUUGAGUAAUUGAACAAUGGCAUUAGCAUCAAUCUCAAUUUCCUCGCACAAUCAUGGAUAUAAUAUUAACUUUACAUUAUAUAGAUAUUGGACUGGUUUUGAUUUUAUUGUUGUGAAUAAACCAAGAAAAACCCACGAAAUUAUGAUGACAGCGGGUUCUUCCGAUGGUGAAUCGGCAGUCACCGAGAGACAGUUCCUUGGUUUUUCCGAAGAGUGUGUACAGUACAUCGUUUUUUAACGUGCACAUGGGUUAUAAUAAUGGACGGUUUAAACGUCUCAACCGAAAUAAGGUGCACUAAUGAAACUUGCGUUUCAGCCCUUCCGUACAAAUAAGGAUUACAGCGGAUGAUUUUUAACCGGACCAAGAUUACCUAAAGAUGGCAGUAAAACAGAAUAAUUUGCAAAAACAAUGUUAAACAAAGCAAAUUUUAGCUUAAAUGCAGUGUACAUGCUUAUUUAAAUAUAUAUUCUAUUAGUACAUAAGUUUAUUAGUUGAUACUGCCAUAAUAAAAUAUAGAGAACAAUAAUUAUAUAAUUGUUAUUAUAAUUGUUACAUUAUUGUUAUUAUUAUUAUUAUUAUUAUUAUUAUUAUUAUUACUAUUAUUAUUAUUAUUAUUUAUUUAUUUUUAUUAUUAUUUAUUUUUAUUUUAUAAUCAUUUUCUAAUGAACUCAUAAUACAUCUAUUGAUAUUAUGUACAUCUGUAUCAUGUUUAUAGCCGGUCAUGAGUCUGAAAGUUAUGCUAUCUUCAUGGCAUUUUCAUGUUAUUUGACUAACGCGAAUAGACGCAGAAAAAACCCGUGCUUCUUAAUUUUUUUUUUUUUUUUUUUUUUUUGGAGGUGCUUCUUUUUGAGAUGGACUUCUUUUCGAGUUGGUCUUCUUUUCGAGGCUACUUUUGCUACUUGCUACUUUUUUUUUUUUUUUUUUUACUGGAUCACUGUAUAUCAGUCUGUCUCAUGAAGUGUAUACUGGCAUUGAACCACCUAACCUACUAUGUAAACCAAGCGUGUUUUUAAUUUCUGUUUCUUUAAAACUUAUUUACAGUUUAUGUACUGUAUUCUCUUUUGAAAAGAGACCCAUGCUACCUUAUAAUGUGGCCAUGGAUUUCUUUUCGAAAUGGUCUACUUUUCAAGGCUACUUUAGCAAACUAAAGAGGGGACUUCAAUUCAAGAUGGGCUUCUGCAUCAAAAAAAAAACAAUCAAUCAAUUAAGAGACCUGUUGUGAUUUGCUUUUUAAGAAGAGACUUUUUCACAGUUUAAGUGUGAUUUUCUCUCUUUAGUAGUAAGAUAAUGAUUGUAGAGUUUUGAUAA